GCGCUAAAGCACCGCAGGCGGGACCUCCAAGCACGCCGUGAUGAAUCCGCCCGCUGUCCGUCAUCCUCCCGGACGCCUCGGAUCUGCUCCUCCAAGUGCUAGAAGACGCUGCCUGAACUCAACUGCGAUGGACGGAGGACGGUGAGGGGGAAAAAAAAAAAAAAUCAUGCUUGGAUGCAAAAAAUGACGAGCGCCGGUGCGGAGUGUUGUCCAGCCGCUGCGUUGCCCUGGCGGAGGAGAAGUUGCGCCUCGGAGCCGCAGGACCGGGAACUUUUAUAGACUUUCAAGUCCAGCGCCCGCGAGUCGCCGGCAGCCGCAGCUCGGACUGGUUUGACUGGAGGAUUGUGCGCCAACAGAGCGCUGACACUGCAGCGGUGCGUUCAGUUCAGGUGAUGCGAUGACUCGAAGCGACGAGGAAAUGGCAUUUGUGUGAGAGGAAGAGGUCUCUGGGUUUUACUGGCUGACAAUGGAGAAUAAAUGAGCGGGACGCUUCCCAGGAGUAACUGACAGCACGACGACAGAAUGCGGGAGAGGGACCUGCGGAGCCUGUGCAGAAGGGCGCUGCUGCUGACGGUGUGCGUGGUGUCCCUCUGGGCGCAGCUGAGCGCGGCGUCGUCGCACAGGAGCCACAUAGUUCAUGUGAAGGCGGGAACCUGCGAGGUAAUUGCUGCACAUCGCUGCUGUAACAAGAACAAGAUCGAGGAGCGAUCCCAGACUGUCAAGUGCUCCUGCUUCCCUGGACAGGUGGCGGGAACCACGAGGGCGGCUCCAUCCUGUGUAGACGCAUCCAUAGUUGCUCAGAAGUGGUGGUGCCAGAUGCAUCCCUGCAUGGACGGCGAGGAGUGUAAAGUGCUGCCAGAUCUGAAAGGAUGGAGCUGCAGCACGGGAAACAAAGUUAAGACAACUAAGGUCACGCGAUAGUCGUCCGUUCCUGGAUCACCUUGUUUGGAGCCAGAUGUUAUUACUUUGACCAACAGGACAUUUUAAUAUGGAGUAUUUUGAGGAUUGGUGGACACCAGGGACCAACGAGGACAAGAAUUAUGGACAGGAAGCAUCAUAUCAGACUGCGUAUCUAAAUGAUUCCUGACUUUAAAUCCAGCAUCAACAGUAGCUGUCUCUGGACUAAACUGCCCACCAAGUCUUUCUUUGUAUUAUAGUUUUAUUCCUUUGGACUAGAAGACUCAACCGUGACAGUAUUUAUUAAGUAAAAGACUGGAUCAACACCAGAAAAAAACACCCUGAAGCAAAACCAUGUGAUGUGAAACUUUUGUGUUAUUUUCUAGCCACUGAGAGCCUGAGGACUCUUGAUGCGUAUCUGUGUUGAAGAUCUAGUGAGAUCAUGAGCAUUUUCAUUCCUUUUAGCCUUAUGGAGCAGAUAUGACAUCUGUUUAGUUUUUGUUUAUGGGUUGAUUUGAAAGUAUCAAAGUGUUUGGCUUUCUGAAGUGUGUUAGGAUGUCGAGUCUUCUUUUCAAAGACAGAAGAUGAUGCCACAACAAUAAACACUCAGAAAACAUGUAACAGUAUUUGACGACAAGUCACCAACGGUCAACACAGCUGAGUUCUGCCAAAAUGUUUUAGUGGUAUCUGUUGUUUUCAAAGCUCGGUGACUACCAUUGAUUACAAAUGUCAGUAUUAUCUCAAUGAAUCUAAGUCAAUAAAUAUGACAAAAUGGACAAAUUUGGGAUUUGUACUGUUAAUACAAUUUCUGUUAUACUUCAUACUGUAUAUUUACAUGUGUGAAUGCACUGGAACUGUUGGAACUUCAACGAAGCAGGAUGAGCAAAUAUUCUGACAAAAAAGGAAGUGAAAAUCAUAAUGGAAUAAUAUAAAUGUGGAAAUCAGCAAAUAACAAAAAUAGGACAUGUUCUGAAAUACAAAAGAGAAAAUCUCACGGCACCUAAAACGAACAGACUCCACAAAAAGCCAUUUGAAAUCCCAUCCAGGGAGAAACUGAUAAUUAGCUCUCGCCAUAAAACAGCUCUAAUCCUAUGAGAUUCAUUUCCAAAACUCGGUGUUGUCAGCAUCCAAGCCUCUGUUUAUUAUAUUAAAUGUUAAUCAUAACCAGUCAAGCUAUAGCAUUUAUUUUUUUAUUUUCUCGUUGAAUGACUUCUCUUAAGGUUGUGCCUGACAGAAAUCCCCAAACCAUUGUUAGUGUGUGUCAUUAAAAGCUUAGAGUAAAUAAACCUGAGCGAUUGGAGCUGGGCGCUGUGGAGGGAGAGUGGGAGAAAACGGACAAAGAGAGGAAGCAAAGCAUAACAGCAAAGGCUGCUUUAGCCCCUGGGAGCGUGCUGGGCUUCUCCAUCUGACGCUUCAUUCGCACACUUGACUCAGAGAAGUGUUUAGAUCUUUUCACUUUCAGUAGACUUUAUUUAUUUGCAAUUUUGUUAGAAGAAUAUGAAAUCAAUUAUCUAUUGACCAUCCAAUCUCAUGUUUUAGACUAGUUUAUUACGUUGUGGACCGUCUGAUUGUAGCUUGUAUUCACCUUGGUGCCAAUGUGGACCAGUCUCCAUGCUCCUGAUAUUAAGGAGCAUCCCCCACUCAUGUUGCUGCCACCACCGGAGCUUUAGUCAUUCAUGAGGGCGUCCACUCUCUAACCAAACUGCAGCUUUAUGAGGAAUUGUGCGUUUUGUAAGUCAAUUUCUGCCAGUAAUUGAAACAGUGCACUCUCUGCAUAAUGCUCCUCAUGCUAAACAUAAUUAAUUAAGCAAAAAGUGUAGAAGGCCCGCUCGCAACGAUCAGACCCGAGGGAGAGCGAUGAGGAGGCCUGCUAUGGUUAGCGAUCCAGGUUGCCUCUUGUUUGGUUGGAAAUCAUUAAAUUACAGUAAUGACUAAUUUCUCAUUCCUGCAUGCAAUCCGCCGGAGACCACCGUGGAUUUAAUAAAGAGCCGGCGAUGAAUUACAAACAGCCAGCGACUGAGGGAAGGGAACGUGAUUAUACAUUGUAAUUCAAAAGUGCAUUAAUAAAACAAUACAGAAACAUUGCUAAAUCAUUGGAGAUAAAGACUAUUUGCAUAAUUCAUUAAGGUUAAUCAGACCAGGCAAUCCAGCACAGUGCUCCAAGGAACCCGGAGCAAAGACAUGAAUCCAGUCCCCUGGAAACAGCCUUUCUAACUACAAACAAUGAUACAAAUCUACCCUUGGAUCAGAGAAUUAACCUCUGUGCUCUUAACAGCCCCUGCAGUGUUGAAACACAAUCCUUCAGUCAUUCACCUUUAUAUGGGCUAAUAUUCCAUUAAUAAUAAAGGAUCUUUUCACA